AUGUGGUUGUUUCAAAUUUUGCUCGGUUGCGGUUUCAUCGCGGUGCUUUGCGAAAGUCAAGGAUUGGUAGUCAUUGGCCCAAAAUUUAUUCGAGCAAACAAUGCAUAUAGUAUAGCCUUCAGCAAUUCAUUUACAAAUAAUCUCCGAUUGAAGCUGGAAUUGGAAGGAUUAAGGGAAGGGGUUACCGUUUUGAAUGAAACAAACGACAUAAAACUUUCCAGCAAGACAGGAAAAUGUGUGAGCUUCCAGGUAGGGGCCAUUCCUGAGGCUGAAUACAGUUUGUCGGUACGAAGUCUAGAGGAUAGUUUCGUUUUUAAUGAAAUAAUUGAGUUACUGUAUGAUAAGAAAAGCUCGUCGAUCUUUAUACAAACUGAUAAACCCGUCUACACACCUGGAGAUGUUCUUAGGUUUCGGGUUAUUGCAAUAGAUGCCGAUACGCGUCCAGUGACGAGCUACAAUACUGUAGCUAUUAACCUUGAAGAUUCGAAAGAAACUUCCAUUAGACAUUGGAAGCAUGCUAAAUUGAACAAUGGAAUCUUUCAGUCAACCGUAAAUCUGCCAACUCUACCGGCCUUAGGCAAUUGGAGCUUGACGGUGACAGCUGGGGAUUAUAAAGUGGAGAAACAAAUUGAAGUGCGAGAGUACGUACUGCCAAAGUUCUUUGUCAAAGCAUAUCCCUCUAAAAUUUUACUGAUUGACGAGAAAAAGGUUAGCGUGACUGUAUCAGCAGCAUAUGCAUUCGGUGAGGCGGUCGAUGGGACUGUUCAAGUGGAUUUGUUUUUGUACGGUGAAAUGGAGGAAUUCGAUAUGACAAUAACAAACCAGCAUAUUUCCGGAAUAAUCACCGUGAAUUUUGAUUUACCUUAUGCUUUAGACAUCGAAGAUCCUUAUCUAUACCGCAGGGAUGUUUCCGUCAGGGUGGAAGUAGUGGAAACAUGUACAAAUCACACAGUGAAUAUCGUGGAAGUAAUACCCAUAUAUGAACAUCCAUAUAGAGUUUCGUUGAUCAAGUCUAUGCCCUGGUUUAGACCCGGUUUGCCGUAUCAAGUGGAUUUAUCGAUAACGGAUCAUAAUGGCGAACCAGCACCCGAGGAGACUGUUGCAGCAAUUUUAAUAAAUUAUGAAGGGGAAUCCUUGGAGAGCGAAGUUGCAAUGCAGGCUACUCUCCGUAAGGGUCUAAUUUCACUGGGCUUAGAACCGCCAAAAAAUUCUGAUAGAAUGGAAAUUCGGGUGAAAUAUAAUACCAAAGACUAUGAAUAUGUCGAUUACAUUUAUGGUUUCCAAUCGAAAAGCAGCCGCUAUCUAAAAAUCGCUUUGAAAUCAAAACAAAAGAUUCGUGCUCACACUGUAGUCGUUUUUGAAAUCAGCUGCACAAAGCUUUUGGACGAUUUUGCCUAUAUCGUCACAUCGAGAGGCAGUGUGAUCACCUCGGGAUACGAAGUGUUUUCGUUUACCCUGGAUGCUGAAGAGUAUCGUCCAGGUCAGCAUUUCCACGUAGACGUCAAAGCCGCCAAAGAUUCUUAUGUUGCUUUCACAGUUAUCAAUCGAAAUUUAUUUUUGAUGGAUCGCACAGGACAUGAUUUAACCGAAAAAGAUGUGCUCAAUGACUUGGCUCUAUAUGCAAGCACGGAACCUUAUGAAUUUGAUCCGUUCGGGACAAUGGGAUUGUUUUUAAGAACUACUGCUGAAGUAGAUUUCGCUUAUCCGGCACUGAAGCGGUUUGGAGGGCAUUUCCCGUUAGCCGAAAUUGUUCAAAAACCUGUACCCAUCAGGGCGGACUUUCGUGAAACUUGGCUUUGGGAAAACUAUACCAUGGAUGGCAUUAAGGAUAAACUUAUUUUCAGACACAUCGUGCCAGAUACCAUCAGCUCUUGGGAAAUUACGGGAUUUGCGCUCAGUCCCACACUAGGAUUGGGAAUCAUUAAACAACCACAAACGUUCAGCGUGAAGAAAAUGCCUUUUUAUAUUGUUCCCAUUUUGCCGUACUCCAUUAAGCGUAACGAAGUGGUUACGAUUUGCGUGAUGAUUUUCAACUUGCUGGAAAAUACAGUUAUUACAGAUAUGACACUAUUUAACGAGUAUGAUGAAAUUGAGUUCGUAGAGCCGUCUUCUAAUGACACAACCCGCCGUACCAAAGCUGUACUCGUGCCAAAGUCCAAAGGCAAACCAAUCUCGUUUAGGAUUAAAGCAAAGAAACUUGGCGAAAUAACAAUCAAAGUUGAAGCAAUCAGUUUACUCGCUUCUGAUACCGUCGAACGGAUGCUACAAUACAACAUGGUCAGCAAAAGUUUAGCAUAG